CACCGGCUACACCGACCCCUACACCGGGCAGCAGAUCUCCCUCUUCCAGGCCAUGCAGAAGGACCUCAUCGUCAGGGAGCACGGCAUCCGCCUGCUGGAGGCCCAGAUCGCCACGGGCGGCGUCAUCGACCCCGUGCACAGCCACCGCGUGCCCGUGGACGUGGCCUACCGGCGCGGCUACUUCGACGAGGAGAUGAACCGCGUCCUGGCGGACCCCAGCGACGACACCAAGGGCUUCUUCGACCCCAACACGCACGAGAACCUCACGUACGUGCAGCUGCUGCGCCGCUGCGUGCGCGACCCGGACACCGGGCUCUACAUGCUGCAGCUGGCAGGCCGGGGCUCCGCCGUGCACCAGCUGAGCGAGGAGCUGCGCUGUGCCCUGCGGGACGCCCGCGUGACGCCAGGCUCGGGCGCCCUGCGGGGCCAGAGCGUCUCCGUCUGGGAGCUCCUCUUCUACCGCGAGGUGUCCGAGGACCGGCGCCAGGACCUGCUAAGCAGAUACCGGGCGGGCACGCUGAGCGUGGAGGAGCUGGGCGCCACCCUCACCUCGCUGCUGGCCCAGGCCCAGGCCCAGGCCGAGGCCGGGAGCCCGCGCCCAGACCCCCGGGAGGCCCUGCGUGCAGCCACCAUGGAGGUCAAGGUGGGCCGCCUCCGGGGGCGCGCGGUGCCCGUGUGGGACGUGCUGGCGUCCGGCUACGUGAGUGGGGCCGCUCGGGAGGAGCUGCUGGCCGAGUUUGGCUCAGGGACUCUGGCCUUGCCCGCACUGACCCGCCGGCUGACCGCCAUCAUCGAGGAGGCCGAGGAGGCCCCCGGGGCCCGGCCGCAGCUCCAGGACGCCUCACGGGGCCUGCGGGAGCCAGGGCCAGCCGGGCAAGGGGACGGCGACUCGGGGCGCUCCCCGGGCCAGGGCGAGGGAGAGGGCGAGGCCGAGGAGGCCCCUGCCGCCGCCCGCCGCCAGGAGCAGACCCUGCGUGGUGCCACCAUGGAGCUGCAGCGCGGGCAGUUCCAGGGGCGGCCGGUCUCCGUGUGGGACGUCCUCUUCUCCUCGUACCUGAGCGAGGCCCGCCGAGACGAGCUCCUGGCCCAGCAUGCGGCCGGCGUCCUGGGCCUGCCUGACCUCGUCGCCGUCCUCACCCGGGUCAUCGAGGAGACCGAGGAGCGGCUCAGCAAGGUGUCCUUUCGAGGCCUGAGGCGCCAGGUGUCCGCCUCCGAGCUGCACACGUCUGGGAUCCUGGGCCCCGAGACCCUGAGGGACCUGGCCCAGGGCACUAAGACGCUGCAGGAGGUGACGGAGAUGGACUCGGUCAAGCGCUACCUGGAGGGCACCAGCUGCAUCGCGGGCGUCCUGGUGCCCGCCAAGGACGAGCCCGGCCGCCAGGAGAAGAUGAGCAUCUACCAGGCCAUGUGGAAGGGCGUGCUGCGGCCGGGCACGGCCCUGGUGCUGCUGGAGGCGCAGGCGGCCACCGGCUUCGUCAUCGACCCCGUGCGCAACCUGAGGCUGUCCGUGGAGGAGGCCGUGGCCGCGGGCGUGGUGGGUGGCGAGAUCCAGGAGAAGCUGCUGUCGGCCGAGCGCGCCGUCACCGGCUACACCGACCCCUACACCGGGCAGCAGAUCUCCCUCUUCCAGGCCAUGCAGAAGGACCUCAUC